CCGUGGUGGCCGGCGCGUCGUCUGCCGAGGCCGCGACCCCGCCUCGCCGCCCGCCCGCGUCUGAGACGUCGCCGUCCCCGCGCCCGCGCCCCGCCGUUGGGCCGCGCCGCGCCGGCAUGUCGGGCCCGGGGCCGCGGGAGCCGCCGCCUGAGGCGGGCGCGACGGGCGGCGAGGCGGGCCCCGAGGGCGCGGGCGGCGGGGACGCGGCGCUGGGAGAGCCGGGGCUGAGCUUCACGACCACCGACCUGAGCCUGGUGGAGAUGACGGAAGUGGAGUACACGCAGCUGCAGCACAUCCUCUACUCGCACAUGGAGGCGGCGGACGGCGAGCUCGAGGCGCGCCUGGGCUCCGCGCUGCUGGCCGGCCCUGGCGCGGGCUCGGGCGCGGCGGGCUCGCUGGCGCCGGCGCCGCCCGUGUACCCAGUGCUGUGCCCGCCGCUGGCGGCCGACGCGCCGUGCCUGGGCCACGUCGACUUCCAGGAGCUGCGUAUGAUGUUGCUGGGCGAGGCGGGCGCAGCCGAGAAGACGCCUGGCGGUGCGGACGGGACGCGGACGCGGGCGGACGGCGCGGCCAAGGAGGGCGCGGGCGGCGCGGGGCCCGACGGUGCGUCCGAGGCCCGGGCCAAGCCGACCGUACGCGUCCGCCUGGAGGACCGCUUCAACAGUAUGCCGGCCGAGCCGCCUGCGCCGCGCGGUGCUGAGCCCGCUGAGUCGGGCGUGGCGCUCAACAAUUUGGUAACUCUUAUUCGACAUCCAUCUGAAUUAAUGAAUGUUCCUCUUCACCAGCAACAAAACAAAUGUACGACCUUAGUGAAAAAUAAAACUGCUGCUGCCACUACUGCUUUGCAGUUCACCUACCCGCUGUUUACAAGUGCCUGCUCCACUGGUGGGAAUGCCAGCCUUGCACAGACACAGAGUUCUAGUAACUCAUGUUCUAUACUGGAAGCUGCCAAGCACCAGGAUAUUGGACUGCCCAGAGCAUUUUCUUUCUGUUACCAGCAAGAGAUUGAGUCUACCAAACAGACAGGAGGUAGUAGAAACAAAGCCUUACCAGAGCAGGUUUGGAUUAAAGUGGGAGAAGAAGCGCUAUGUAAACAAGCAAUCAAUAAGAGGAACAGGAGUAGAACCCGCCAGUUGGACACAAGUGUGGAGCGAAGAGCCCUUGGAGAGAUUCAGAAUGUGGGUGAAGGCUCUACAGCUUCACAGGGCACCUGGCAGUCUUCAGAGUCCUCACAGUCAAACCUGGGGGAGCAGACACAGAGUGGACCCCAGGGAGGAAGGUCUCAGCGUCGGGAGAGGCAUAACCGAAUGGAAAGAGAUAGAAGGCGCAGAAUCCGCAUUUGCUGUGAUGAGCUGAAUCUCUUAGUUCCAUUCUGCAAUGCAGAGACAGAUAAAGCAACAACACUUCAGUGGACCACAGCAUUCCUGAAAUACAUUCAGGAAAGACAUGGGGAUUCUCUUAAAAAGUACAGCUCCUGCUGCAAAACAGACCCACACCAGAUGCUGGGGUCCAAUGUGGAAUUGAUACAGCAGGUAAUGAACACAGCUUCCCUGAGUAGAGGAAAGGCUGCCACCAGCAUUGGAUGGCCUCUGCAAUAUGGAUGAAGAACCCAACAACUAGAGCUUUUGCUGGGACUGAUACGGGGCCAUUUGUCAUAGCACAGCCUAUGCUUAGGGGCCUUAGGGUUGGGAAUGUAGCUUAAUAACUGUAAGUUUCUAAAUGUCCUCAUGGGAGCAUGGUUGGCACAGAUGCAGCAGCAGGAAGCCAAGAGAUAGUCACAUCUCUCAAACACUCCUGGGGAAACUGCUGUUUGUUGUAGAAUUUUCCCCCUUUAGAACAUGCCACCAGAAGUAUCUGUCAGCUACCCAGCAAGCACCUGUGGCUUGUGUAUCACUGAGUGGCUAAAGCUAUGUGGUGAUCUGUUCUAAAAAUAAAGUAUCUUGCACAAAAUAUCCCUGUAUUCCUUGUCCUGAUCUGUGCCUGCCUUGCCCAUUGACUGUUCUGGACCCCUCCACGCUCCAGCUUCCUUGAUUUAUUCUGUAUGCAUUUAGUAUUUUUUUUUGUCAUAGUUUACUUUUUAUUACUUAAAUACCCAUCCUUCCUCUGUCCUUCUUGAAUUAAAAUUAAUCUAUUCCUAAUGGGUGCAUUUAAAGCAAACAUUUCUUUUCUCUCUUCUUUUUGUUAGGGUUAGGAGACAAGACCUCAUAGCUCAUGUAGCCCUGGCUGGCCUCAGACUCUGUGUAGCUGAGGUUGACCCUGAAAUUCUGGUCUUCCUGCCUCUCCUUCUCAAGUGCCAGAAUUACAGGCAUAUGCCACCACACUCAGUUCAUGCUGGGGACUGAACCCAGUGUCUGAGUACCCUCUCCACCUUCCUCUAUUCCGAGUAGCCUUUAGUUGCUGUUCCCAUAGUGUUAAGCUAGAGAUGGGCCCAGGUAGGCCCUCAAGACAUCCCUUCGCUCUCCACACUGGCUUCUAGGACAUCACCCUCCUGGGGGGCAAAGAAUGUGACUCAGUGGUAGAGCACUUGCAAGGCCCUGGAUUUGAUUCCCAGUGCUGGAAAACAACAAAACAAUGAGAUACCACUGUCAAUCAAAUAUCGGAAAAAGAAAGAAAAUACCCAGUGUUAGGAGCGAUCUGGAGGAAUUCUAACACUUGUGUGUAUCCUGUUGGUGAAAUGUGAAGUGCUAUAGCCACUGGAGAACAGUGUGACAAUUCUCAGAACAGAAUUACCAUAUGACACAGCAAUUCCACACAGAGUAUAAACCCAGGAGAUCGAAAACAAACUCAAACUGACAUUUGGCUCCGAGCAUUCCCAGCAGUUGUGCUCAUCAACAGAGAGUGGACAAGCAGAAUGUUUUGUGAACACCCACGGCUGUGUUCCACCAUGAGAAGGAUUGAUGUUCUGGCACCUGCUGUGUGGACUUCCCUUGACAAGCUGAAUGAGAUAAGCCUUGAAGAGGUCAGACUCAGAGAUGGAAAACAAUUGGUGUGUUCCAGGGCAGGCAGUGGGGUGCCAUGAUUAAUGAGGACAGAGUUGCUGUUUGGAAUGAUAAACAUUUUGGAAGAAGCUUCUGGUGAUUGACACAGUUCAUGAAUGUACUUUAUGCCAUGGAAUUGUAAACUAGCAAGUGGUGAAAACACCAAAGUUUACUGUAUAUAUUGACCAGAGUAGGAACAUACAAACCUAGAUUUCUGAGUCUAAAACACUAAACUUAAAAAAAAUUCUAAACAUACAAAAAAUGGAGACUAGAACACUGAAGACCCACAUCCUUGGGCCCAGCCUUAGACAGGGUUAGUUUACCAUCCUCUCACCUUGGGGGUUAGAGCACUUCCUGCCAUUUUCUCUUAUUUGUAGAUGGUCAUCCCAGUGUCUGCCUCUGCACUCAUAGGUCUGUAUACUUGUGUAUUUGAAUUAAGCCCAGAUAUUGGUCCCUUUCCUCUCAGAGACACUUAAUCUUGUUGGAGUUAGCACAUUCUACAUUUCACAAAUUCAUAGAAAUGGUUAACUAUUUUUUCCUGUGUCUUCUAGACUAGCCUUCCUGGAUGUGUCCCUUUAACCCCACCAUCCCAAAUGCUUGGGCCAUCAGACUUGGUGACACCAAGGCCAACCCUGUUUAGGAACCUGGCCUUGCCUAGCCUUUAGACCUAAGGCCUUUUAAAAGUCAGGGAGAGCUGGGUGAGUGAGCAGAAACUAGCAGCUAGCAGAGCUGCUGUUGAUCUCACUAUGUGCAGAGCAACCUCAGGGACUGCACCUGGCCCUUGGCUGACCAAGGAUCCUUGCCAGUGUGUGUGAAGGAAUAGCCACCAACUUGGACAUUUAACAAAUGAAUUAAAAUGGUAUCCUUUUUUUUUUUUAAACCACAAAAUAAAAUGUCCAUUUUGGCAAUGUGCUCAGACACUGAGAAUAUAUUGGAAAAUCUAAAAAAAAAAAAAAAAAAAAAACACAUACAGUAUAACUGCUACUGAGGGGAAAAUUGAGAUCCCUCUUUUUUUUCUCACCUCCUCACAAGGUGUAUACGUUUGUGAUACCUUAGAAGAUUGUACUUUGAGAUAGUUUACAUGGCUCCUAAUUUCAGCCUCUUGUGCUUUUGAAACUAGUGGCAUUCACACCUUUGAACUCAAUGCAU